AAAAAUUACAGUAGAUCAGAAUUACCAUCGGAGCUUUAGGGAGAGAGAGAGAGAGAGAGAGAGAGAGAAGAUGUCUCACAGUCACGGGAACGCUUCGUCGGCGAACGAUCCACGGCAGCCUUUGGCGGCGAAACCUUACACUCCACGGCCUGUUGCGCCGGAGGAUCUUCCCGUUGACUACUCCGGAUUCAUCGCCGUUAUCCUCGGCGUCUCCGGCGUUAUGUUCAGGUACAAGAUAUGCUCGUGGCUUGCAAUUAUAUUCUGUGCACAAUCUCUGGCCAACAUGAGGAACUUGGAGAAUGAUUUGAAGCAGAUCUCCAUGGCUAUGAUGUUUGCUAUAAUGGGACUGGUCACUAACUACUUAGGGCCUAAUAGACCCGCCACAAAGAAAUAAUCCUCAAGCCUAAGAGGGUAACAAAGUACUCUGCUUUUUCAUGACGUCUUUUACCGACCUUGUUUGGUUCUUGUUUCCGCACCAGAGAGCUAGUGUUGUUUUAUUUUUGUGUACGACACUCUAAUCGUUUUAGUAGCAAACUAGAACCCUCAUCAUUUGUGGGGUUUAAAGAUUCUAGAUCCAGUUGCAAAGAAUGUGAAAUCCAACUUUUCUCUUUUGAUCUCCCUGAUCUUGGGCCCUUGUUUCUUGGAUCAUAAUUGUUAGAUCAGACGAAGAUAAACUGGAAUUUAUUCAA